AUGGCCUUAUCUAUUUUGACCAAAAUCGAUCUUUGCGUGCUACCGCUGUUGAUUAUAUCACUGUUCCUCGCGGGGCUGGACAAGAAUGCGCUCGCAUAUGCCGCAGUUCUGGGGAUGAACGAUGACCUCCACCUCCAUGGCCAGCAAUACUCCUGGCUCGGCUCCAUAUUCAACAUAGCAUACCUCUUUGCGGAGUUUCCUACAUCAUGGCUACUUACUAGACUGCCAAUUGGCAAGUAUGUCAGCUCUUCGUUGAUUUUGUGGGGAGCGUGUGCAUGCGCUAUGGCGGCCUGUACCAAUUUUGCAAGCGCUGCCGCCGUCCGAUUCCUUCUGGGGGCCCUAGAAUCGGCUGUUCUGCCGUCGGUGAUCGUGAUAAUGGCUAGCUGGUAUCGGCGAGAGGAGCAACCCCUUCGCGCUGCGUUAUGUUUCGGCCCUUUCUCAGGCAUAUUCGGGGGUAUUCUUGCAUAUGCGGUUGGAACACUUCGAGCACAAAUACCUACAUGGAAGUUGAUAUUCUUGAUUUACGGUGCUAUUACUAUCGCCUUUGGCUUCGUCUGUCUCCUGGCGCUCCCGGACAACCACGAUAAGGCCUUCUUCCUCUCCAAGGGCGAACGAGAUGAGGCAAAACUCAGAGUUUCUGAUAACCAGACUGGCAAGGACAUGCGUAAGAAAUGGAAGUUACCCCAUAUUUUUGAGGCUCUGAAGGACGGUAAAUAUUGGGCAGUUGUGGCUUUUGUUUUAUUUCAAUCUGUCACGAAUGCAGGGGUUACAAAUUUUAAUCCUCUAAUAAUAGCUGGGUUUGGGUACUCAAAGCAGAUAACUGUGCUUCUAGCAGCCCCCCAGGGGGUUGUUGCCCUAACCGCGCAGGUGGGUGCAGCGUUGUUAGCACUCUACAUUCCUAACCUCCGCUGCCUGCUGUGGGUGCUCUCCUGUUUCCCCUCUCUCGCGGGGAUCCUAGUAGUAAGAUAUGUUUCUGUGUCAGAGAACCGUAUCGCGGCUCUCAUGGGGGUAUACCUAACCGGAUUCUACAACAUUGCCUGGACUAUGGCCCUAAGCCUUGUGGCUUCUAAUACCGCUGGAGCGACAAAGAAGAGCUUUGUCUCAGCAUCCAUUGCCAUUGCCCAUGGAGUCGGAGGAUUAGUCGGCCCUCAGUUUUUCCUCGACAGUCAGAAACCUCACUAUCAGCUUGGGCUCGGCGCCAUGAUUGCUUCCUUAAUAAUGAUGGCAGCUUCAAGCUCACGGUUUUCCUACCAUAGGACGCUUUGUAUCCGUCAGAACAAAGCUCGAGAUAACCUGAAUGCGUCCACAAGCCCCUUACCUGAUGAAAGUUGCUCCGAUGAAAUAUAUCCCGAGAGUGAAGUAAACGAUAAGACCGAUCUUGAGAUUCAUUCAUUUCGUUAUACCUACUAA